AUGCCACCAAAGGGUUGGAGAAAGAAUGCUGAUGGUCAAUACCCGCAACCACGCAAGUCUCAAGAACUAGUGUCUAUAGAUGAAGUGCUAUUCCCCAAGUCCAUAGUCCAGAAACUAUCCAAACAAAUUCUUCAGGAGAACGAACCAACGGGAACCAACGUUCUUAUCGCCAAAGACGCGUUAACGGCCAUUCAACGGUCGGCCACCGUGUUUGUAUCGCACAUGUUAUUCCAUGCCAAACGGGAGUCUAAGCUAAGUGAUCGAAAGACCAUUAAUGAUAAGGAUAUCUUUGCUGCAUUGGAACGGUCAGAUUUCGCUGGGUUUAUUCCGGAAGUCAAAGAGAAGUUGGCCGCGUAUGAAGCUCAAUUGGCUUUGAGAAAGAGAGCCAAAGCAGAUGCCAAACAGAGAACAGUAGCCGUCGAUUCAGAGUCAAUGGAGCCAGAGUCCAUGGAGCCAGAGACCAAGAAAUUGAAGAAUAACGACUCGGAAGUGGCCAAAGCAGGUGACGAAGAAGAGAAAGAUGAUGACGAGGAAGAAGGUGACGAGGAAGAAGAAGAAGAAGAAGAAGAAGAAGAAGAAGUAAAAAAGGAACAGGACGACAUCGAUGAAGAUGACGAUGAAGAGGAAGACAUCGAUGAAGACGUAAACGACAAUCCCAUAGCUGUUUUAGGGAAAGAAAGUGUUGAACUUGAAGGUAACGAAGCACCAGACUCAAUAGAGAAUGCCAUCGUAGUAUCAGAUUCAGAAUCAGAUGAUGAAUAA